GGCCUCGCCCAGCUUGAAGAAGGUGUGAAGGAAGCCCAGAUAAAACGUGUGUGGUUAGCAAGCAGAAGCCAGAGAGGCAUCUUGUGAAGGUGAAAGUGCCAAAGCAUUACAGCAUGUCUGUGAGGGCAGUGGUGAUAGUGGCCAUAGUGGUGGCAGUGGUUGUGGUAGUGGCUGUGGUGGUAGCUGCCGGGACCAUGGGAUCAGAGUCCACGGAAGAGAGGAUGAAGGCGGCGAUUGCAGCAGCAGUGAAGCCAGGACCAGAGAAAAAGAAGCCAUGGCCGCAGCAGCCGCGGCAGCUGCACCAGGGGCAGCAGAAGCAGCAGCUGCGCCAGCGGCAGCAGCAGCGGCAGCAGCAGCGGCCGCAGCAGCGGCAGCAGCAGCGGCCGCAGCAGCGGCAGCAGCAGCGGCAGGCGCAGCUGGGGCAGGUGCAGCAGCAGCGGCCGCGGCGGUGAUAGUAGUGGUGGCGUUGGUGCCACGGCGGGGGGUGUUGGGAGCCUCUUAAGUACAUGGAUGACAAGCAGACACUUCAAGCCAAUUCCUGAGACCAUAAUGGAGCUGCCGCCUGAUAAGAAGCAAAAGCUCUAUAAUGAAACCAUGGCCAUCCUCGAGCACCUGAAGUGGAGGGACACUGAAGACCUGACCACAUUGGUCAUGCACAGUGAGGCCCUUGAAGAAGCAGCUGCUGACCAUGGUGGAAAAGUGCCUCAAAGGCUGAAGUCCAGUACAUUGAUUUCAAAGCUAUUUCUAGAAAGCAGGGGUUUCAUUUAGAUGAUUCUCCACAGGGUGGUGGGCCAUUUAGAUGGUUUUCUUAACUCAUAGAGGUGAUUGGGAGUUGGGGGAAGCCUCACCCAUUCAUUGCUCAUGGGUUGGGUCCAACUCUCCCAGACCCAGGGAUCACGGGGUCCUAGUCAGAGGUCCUGCCCUGAUACCCACUGAAGUCCCUCCCCUGUCUGGCCUGCCUUCAUUCCUGGGAAAAACCCUGGCCCAACUUCUGAGCAGUUUUGGGUCAGAUGGAGCAGAUCUUGCUGAGUGAAGUCAGUGUGGACUAGCUGGGUCCUGGGGUGACUGUAAUGGGUGUUGGGCCUGAGAGGACAGGCUGGACCUCAAGUCCGGUCUCCCCCAGGAAGUGAAAACCCUUUCCUGGCUUUCCUCUCAGGCUCUCCUCUUGGCUCCUGUGGUUUUACUAUUCUUACUUUGUCUUACAUUGUCUGUGAAGAACUUAAAAAAAGAGAAAUGGAAUAAGAGUUAUCAGUUUGCAUCAUUCCCAUAGCUUUGCCAUUCCAAACAAUGUCCAUGAUGGAAUACUGCUCCUACCCGGGUCCCAGGACCCCUACAUUGCCCCAGCCUCAACACUGCGUUUUAGAGUCUACUCACUGGAAUCUUCUUUAAAGAAAUACUCUAUAUCAAUUAGGGCUACUUAGUUGCCCUGCAAAGUGGCUACUAUGGUGGCAUGAAUGCUUAAUUCUGUCUUUUUAAUUAAGCCCCAUAUUUUGUCCUUCA